AUGGGUGAUUGGCCUGGUGUUAUCGGAACCUCAUAUCGUUUUCCACUGGGAGAUGUUCCUGGAAUGCAAACAAGUCGUAACGGACAUUAUCUAUUGAAUCUAUGUAAACAAUUAAAAACACCACAAGUUUAUCGUAUAUGGAUUGGCCCACGACCAGCUCUGAUGUUAGCUCAUCCAGAAGCGGUACAUCGAUUUUGGCGACAACACGAUGAAACAUCGAUUGAACGAGUUGUUCAACUUGGUUGGUCUCUUCUAUUAAUCAUGGGUGAAGGUAUCGGCUUCAAGACAUAUCGUAAUCGUAAUAGAAUCCAUCGUUUUUUCCACAAUUGCUUUGGUCCAAAACAAGCCAUUCAAUAUGAAAUGAGCUUUGAACGUGAAGUAGAUUCGAUUAUGAAACGGUUAGAAACACUAGUAACAGAAGCAGGUCAAGCUCCCUUAGAUAUAGCCUAUGAAUUGAAAUAUUUGGCUCAUGAUGCUGGUAUGGACAUGUUUCUAGGUCCGGAAAGCAAUAAAUAUUUGUCACAAUUACAUGAACUUGUUGAUGAAUUAGUACUUGUGAUGACAGCAACAUUUGAUGCACGUUAUAUCAAUCUUCCAAUCCUUCGAUAG